AUGUUCAGUCUCAGAUUGCUCUGGAUUUUGCUACCUCUGUUCUUACUUCUCAAGCCUUCUUUCUCUCGAGGGCCAUAUGCCUUGCGAAUAAGCUGUGGUGCACGUAAUGAUGUUCACAGUCCUCCGUCAAAUGCUCUCUGGUAUAAGGAUUAUGCUUACACCGGAGGAAUACCCGGUAAUGCAACCCUCCCGAGUUUCAUCUCUCCUAAACUCAAGACGCUUCGUUCUUUCCCUUUGUCUGAGGGUCCUGAAAACUGCUACAAUAUAAAUAGAGUUCCACAUGGACAUUAUUCGGUGAGAAUCUUCUUUGGAUUGGUUGCAGAACCCAGUUUUGACAAUGAACCUUUAUUUGACGUUUCUGUUGAAGGAACGUUAAUUUAUUCUAUGCCAUCGGGUUGGAGUAAUCACGAUGAUGAGCGAGCUUUUGUUGAAGCCUUCAUAUUUCUUAAGGAUGGCACAGCCUCUCUUUGCUUCCAUAGUACUGGACACGGAGAUCCGGCAAUACUUGCAAUUGAGAUUCUUCAAGUUGAUAACAAAGCAUACUAUUUUGGUCCGAGCUAUGGUCAAGGGGUGAUCCUUAGAACUGAUAGAAGACUCAGUUGCGGGUCCCGUGAUCCAAAAUUUGGUGUUGAUUAUAGUGCGGACCGUUGGGGUGGGGAUCGAUUCUGGAAUUCAAUCCAGACAUUCGGCGAGAGUUCCGAUCGUGCAAUAUCUACCACAAACAGCAUCAAGCAGGCCUCGAAAUCACCCAACUUUUAUCCUGAGGCUCUUUAUCAAACGGCUCUUGUUAGUAGUGAUAGUCAGCCUGAUUUAGCAUACACAGCUGAGGUCGAACCUAAUCGAAAUUAUUCCAUUUGGUUGCACUUUGCAGAAAUAGAUCCUUCAGUUACUGCAGCUGGACAAAGGGUAUUUAACAUCUCAAUAAAUGGCGAUAUUGCAUUUGGAGAUGUAGACAUAGUGGGUAUGGCUGGGGGCAUUAACAGUGCCCUAGUGCUGAAUACAACUGUUGCUCUUAGUGGCAGGACUUUGACAAUAACUAUGCAUCCUAGAAAAGGGACUCACGCCAUAAUCAAUGCCAUUGAGAUUUUUGAACUUGUAAUGACUGCAUCCAAAACAUUACAAGAUGAAGUCAGGACUUUGCAAAAAUUGAAAAGUGCACUUGGACUUCCUCUCCGAUUUGGGUGGAAUGGUGAUCCUUGUGUUCCUCAGCAACACCCUUGGAGUGGAGUAGACUGUCAGUAUGACAGAACUAUCAGUAAAUAUGUUAUUGAUGGGCUUGGUCUAGACAACCAAGGUUUGAGGGGUUCCUUACCUGAGGACAUAUCCCGACUUCAUCAUCUCCAGAACAUAAAUUUGAGUGGGAACAGCCUUCAUGGUUUCAUUCCUUCUUCACUUGGAACAAUCGCAAGCCUGGAGAUACUGGAUCUCUCAUACAACUAUUUCAAUGGAUCUAUUCCUGAAAGCCUUGGGCAGUUAACCGCAUUACAGAGACUGUACCUGAAUAGCAACUCCCUUUCUGGAAAAGUCCCAGCUGCACUUGGAGGGAGGCUCUUGCACAGAGCUAGCUUUAAUUUUACGGAUAACAAAGGUCUUUGCGGAAUACCUGGACUACCGACAUGCAGAACCCACCUUUCUGCUGGUGCUAAAAUUGGCAUUGGGUUAGGUGGAUGUGUGACAUUCCUACUCCUUGUCACAUGCUUAAUGUGUUGGUAUAAAAGGCGGCAAAAUAUUCUCCGCGCUCAAAGAAUCGCAGCGAGAGACGCUCCUUAUGCAAAAGCAAGAACGCAUUUUUCUCGUGAUGUGCAGAUGGCUAGACACCACAGUCACGAGCAUGCUCGAACAGCAGACGAGAAUGGGCCUAGCUUACUUUCAUGA